UAUUAUUUUAUAACCAUAAUGGCUAUACAUAGCCAUUUUAAAUCGAAACAAUGAUUUCAAAAAAGUUUUCCUAAAAAUUGUAAAGUAUAAUUUAAAAUGUUGCCAGUGUCUAGUUUGCCAUAUCAAAAAAUCAGUGUUAACAAUGUUACACCGAAUUUACUCCGUUAUAAACAUUUUUUCAUAGGAUUUUUCAUACUCUUACUUUCAUUUGUUUUAAUUAUGAAUAUAUUCUCGAGUGAGCCUGAUUACAAUUCAAAACAAAGGCAACGCGUAUCCUUAUCAAAUGUUUUAAAUCCACCAAUAUCUGUUAUAAAUAAUAUUAGUCAUACAAAUAGUACAAUAUCAAGGAAUUGUAAUUAUUGGAAUUGUUUUAAUGUAUAUCGGUGCGGACGAUCACAUUAUGGUGAUCAUAUCCUGGUUUAUGUAUAUCCUUUGAAACAGUAUGUGAAUCAAUUAAAUGUGCCAUACACGAAUAUUAUUACUAAAGAAUUUUAUGAAAUUAUCGAUGCCAUUAUUCAUUCCAAGUAUUAUACGCCUGAUGUGUAUGAAGCAUGUAUUUUUAUACCAACUAUCGACACAUUAAAUUUGAAUAAUAUAUCACCGAAAAAUUUAUCAGUUGUUUUACAGAAUUUAGAAUUUUGGGGUAAUGAUGGGUUAAAUCAUUUAUUAUUUUCAAUGAUGGGCUUUAACUCUGAUAUUGGUAAACGUUUUGAUGAUUUACCUAUUGGAAAAGCAAUGUUCGCAUCUGCUGGAUUUGAUACGUGGACAUUUCGCCGUAAUUUUGAUAUAUCAUUACCAGUAUAUAGCCCUUUACAAAGGAUUAUUAAACCGCAAGAGACUAAUAAUAUCAGGUCUUGGUUGGUUAUAUCAUCUGAUACAGUAAUUCACCCAGAUCACAUGCAAGAACUUCGUAUAAUUGAAGCUUCGCAUCCUGAAUUAUUGAUUUUGGAAGGUUGUGAGCCGCCCACAAACCGAACAGAACGAUGUAAAAAUGGUGGUUUAAUGCCAUUACGUUUUGAUUAUCCUCUAAUUUUACAAAAAGCAACAUUUUGUUUAAUAAUUCGUGGCAUCACCUACGGAUCACAAACAUUUUUAGAAGCAUUAGCAAGUAGUUGUAUACCUGUGAUUAUUCAUGAUAGUAUUGUCUUACCAUUUUCACCUCAUAUUGAUUGGAAACGAGCUGCCAUAUUUAUUUUGGAACGAAAUAUUAACACAUUGAUGGAUGUUUUAAAAUCCGUAUCGGACAAACAUAUUGGUGAAAUGCAAGAACAAAUUGCAUGGCUUUAUGAUAUGUAUUUUAAAGAUAUUAAAACUAUUACUUUAACGUCGUUGGAUAUUUUACAAGAUCGGAUUAAUCCACAUUGGGCGAAGAAGUAUGAAGAUUGGAAUGUUAUUCCUUCACAGCGUUCGAGUAACCCAUUAUUUUUACCAAUUAUGGGAUCAAAAACUUUAGGAUUUACAGCUGUUGUAUUAACAUAUGAUCGAGUUCAAAGUCUAUUUACGUUAGUUGAAAAAUUAUCUCGUGUUCCAUCGUUAGUAAAAAUCUUAGUUAUAUGGAAUAAUCAAAAAAAGGCACCACCCCAUUCUUCACAAUGGCCUAAAGUGAGUAAACCAGUAAAAGUGAUUCAAACAAGUGCGAAUAAACUAUCAAAUCGUUUCUAUCCUUACGCUGAAAUCGAAACGGAAGCAAUACUUAAUAUUGAUGAUGAUAUAAUUAUGUUAACAUCUGAUGAGUUAGAAUUCGGUUAUGAAGUGUGGCGUGAAUUUCCUGAUCGCAUUGUUGGAUUUCCAUCAAGAACACAUCGAUGGGAUAAUGUAACAUUAUCAUGGAAAUAUGAAAGCGAAUGGACAAACGAUAUAUCAAUGGUUUUAACCGGUGCUGCAUUUUUACACAAAUAUUGGAGUUAUGCGUACACGCAUAUUUUACCUGAAUCGAUACGUGAUUGGGUUGAUUCUCAAAUGAAUUGUGAAGAUAUAGCAAUGAAUUUUUUAGUUGCAAAUAUUACAAAUCAAUCACCAAUAAAAGUUACACCACGUAAAAAAUUUAAAUGCCCUGAAUGUACGAAUACUGAAAUGUUAUCCGCUGAUUUAGGGCAUAUGGUUGAAAGAUCUGCAUGCGUUGAUCGAUUUGCUCGUGAAUUUGGUAAAAUGCCAUUACAAGCUGUAGAAUUUCGUGCUGAUCCAGUAUUAUUUAAAGAUCCAUUCCCAGAGAAACUUAAACGUUUUAAUGAUAUCGGUAGUUUGUAAAUAAUUUUUUUAA